AUGGUCGAAGAACAAGAAAAACCCUCGCCGCAGGCUUCAACACCAUCCACUCACUCCCACACCUCCCACGACACCGAUUCAAUCCACGAGACCCAAUCCAUCCGCCACGAAAACCAAACCAAUCGUUUACAUCUCGUCCGCAGUUAUGCCUCCGGCUACUCAGGAUUCGCCCCCGAGACAGAAUACACAGAUAUCAAACCCACAACUACAGGCGUAACACUCAACUCCAUCGCAACAGGCAAUGACCCAAACUUUGAAGUCGACUGGACGGAAGACAAUCCUGAAAAUCCAAGGAAUUGGAGUAUGGCAUAUAAAAGCCUUGUUGUUUUUGCAAUGAGUUAUGCCACUACGGUCACAGUCCUUUUCUCUACAUCUUACACUGUUACAGUGGGAAAACUGGAACAGGUGUUUGAUGUAGGCCAUUUAGUCGCUUUACUAGGUCUUACCACUUAUCUGAUUGGUAUGGCUGCUGGCUCUACCGUCCUAGCUCCCCUCUCGGAAAUGUAUGGACGCCGUCCUGUAUACAUCUUCUCGACUGCGAUUUUUGUCUUGUUGAUUCUGCCGUGUGCAUUGGCGAAGAAUAUCGAGAGUUUGUUGAUUCCGAGAUUCUUUGCUGCGUUUGCGGCGGCGAGUUUGGUAUCUAAUGCUCCGGGGUCUAUUAAUGAUAUUGUGGUGGAAGAGUAUAGGGCGCUUGCGUUUAGUAUUUGGAGUAUUGGACCUUUGAAUGGACCGGUUGUUGGACCUAUCAUCGGAGGCUUUACAUAUCAGUAUUUGGGAUGGCGAUGGACCAACUGGCUAGUCAUGAUUCUCGCAGGCGUGGCAUUUGCUUUUGUGGCUAUUGUCAAAGAGACUUAUGGACCUACUUUGUUGCGCAAAAGAGCUGCUAAGCUGAGAAAAGAGACGGGAGAUCCGAGGUGGUGGAGCAGAUUUGAUGAGAAAAAGGCAUUUUGGCCGCUGCUCAAGGUCAAUCUCAGCAGACCGUUCGUGCUGAUGGUUACGGAGCCGAUUUGCAUCUUCUGGGACGUCUACGUAGCAAUCGUCUACGGCACCCUAUACCUCUCCUUCGUCGCCUACCCCAUCGUCUUCCAACAACAGCGCGGCUGGGCUCCAGGAAUCGGCGGCCUCGCCUUCUGCGGCAUCGGCAUCGGAAACCUCCUCACCAUCGUUCUCGAACCACUCUGCCGCCGCCUCAUCAACUCCCACAAAAAAGACCCAGAAACCGGAGAUAUCCCUCCCGAAGCCAUGGUAUCCGUUAUUUGUAUCGCGGCUGUUAGUCUCGCAGCCGGCGAGCUCUGGUUCGCAUGGACUUGUACACCGAACGUCCAUUGGAUUGUGCCCAUUCUUGCGGGAAUCCCCUUUGGAGCUGGCAAUGCCGGUGUUUUUAUUUACAGCAAUAAUUACUUGGUGCAUUCCUACUCUGUGUACGCAGCCUCCGCAUUAGCUGGAAACGCCGUCCUACGCUCAAUCAUGGGCGCCACAGUCCCUCUUGCCGGCUCGGCCAUGUACAAAACCCUCGGCUCCAAUUGGGCAGGUUGUACACUUGGACUCAUCGAAAUGGCUUGUGUACCUAUUCCUGUGGUGUUCUACCUGUACGGCAAAAAGAUUAGAGCGAAGAGUGCUUUGAUCAGAUCUAUGCAGGAAGACAAACGCAGAGCAGAUGAGAAGAAAGAAAGGUAUCUGCGCAAGAUGGAAAAGGAAGCUAUCAAGAGGGGCGAGAUGGAGGCUAGUGUUGCUGGACCUGGCAAGACGGGAGCUGCGGUUGCUGAGGAGAGGGAUAUUGAAAAAGGUGCUUGA